AUGGAUGCUGCCGAGGAUCGAGACGUAAAGCUCCAACGUGCAUCGGGCGAUCUAGUGGCCGAGUUCUCAGCAAAGCUACCUUCGCUAUUGUGGAGAUCACAAAAUGGAACACCCCUCCGCACCCCACGCAAAUGGGCACAGGUAACGAAGACAGAGAAGCUCGUCAGCCUUCUUGAACCAUUCCAAGAGUGGCCCCAACUCUUAGAUCCACACUUGCAGAAGCUGCUGUCCCCUUUAGUGGACGCUUUCCUGGCAUAUUUGAUCAAGCAUCGCGCCCAGUAUGACACUACUUCGCCGCUACAAUCUCAGUUUGGAGCUUUGUACCCACUUCCAAGAGCUAUCUGCAGACUCUUGUAUACAUUCUGCAAAGUCCGCGGCGUCAAGGUUAUCAGCCGGUUUUUGAACAAUGAACCUAAAUACCUUGAGUCAAUGCUGCGGGCUUUCAUUGAAUGGAAUUAUGUGAAACCGUCUAACGCAGAGGACAUGAUUGACUCUGAUCCGCAGCGGUUGAUCUGGGAAGAGCGCUAUGUGAUGCUUGUUUGGCUUUCUCAUCUGCUGCUUGCUCCUUUUGAUCUUUCGUCGUUGUCUUCUGACGAUAUUCCCGUACCUUAUGACAACUUGCAGGGCUUGGCUUGGUUGCCUGCUAAGACACCCAUGGUUGCAAAGUCUCUCCUUUCCUUGUGUCUUCAUUAUAUCAGUGCACCUGGUAAAGAACGUGAGGCUGCUACGGCUCUUUUGGCACGAUUGGCUCUACGUGGAGAUAUGCAAGCUCUUGGGGUCCUCACUGGUCUGACAAAGUGGGCGCUUGCUACUAUUAAACCAUCUGAGGGGGCUGGGUUGCCUUCUGUCUAUGCUUGCAUUGGUAUCCUCACAUUUAUUGCCCGUCUCGGUGCAUCAGGACAUGUGGACGAUCUUGCACCUUUGAUCAAUCAGAUCUUCCAGCGGACCCUCAGUGUAUUUCAAGGACAGUCUGCGGUAUCUGCAACUAUUAAGGCUUCGGCCUUGGCUAGAAAGAUUAUCGUCAAGAUUCUUCGAAAUAUCACAUUAAUGGCGCUGUCUCUGAAUGAGCGUGGUGAUGGAUGCAUUACAUAUGACGAGAUAUCUACCAUUUUGGAAGAUGCUAUUGAUAAUUUCCUGGUCUCGCUGGCCGACAAAGAUACACCCGUGCGAUUUGCCGCAAGUAAGGCACUCAGUAUCAUCACUUUGAAGUUGGACCCGGAAAUGGGAACUGAAGUUAUCGAGGCUGUUAUUGGAUCACUGGGAGAAAACAUCCUUUAUGAGAAAGAUGAUGGUUCUCUAAUGACUCCAUUUGAGGCGCGAAAGAUUGGAACUCACACUCUCAAACGCAAUCUCAGCGCCGUCGACGCCCAACGCUGGCAAGGACUAAUCCUGACACUAUCACAUUUACUCUUCCGCCGCGCACCUCCAAUUCAACAACUUCCGGAGAUUCUCCAGUCCCUUGUAUCUGGCUUAUGCUUCGAGCAGAGAUCGUCUACUGGUAGCUCUUUGGGCACCGGUGUACGAGACGCAGCCUGCUUCGGUGUUUGGGCUUUAUCCCGGAAGUAUACCACUCCAGAGCUCCUGGCACUUCAAUCCCAGGUAGUGGCCUCACCAUUCGGCCAGAAGGAGGUUGAUGUCCUGCAGAAGCUAGCCGUGGAACUUGUCUGCGCGGCUUGUGUCGAUCCAUCUGGAAACAUUCGCCGUGGUUCUUCGGCUGCUUUGCAGGAACUGAUUGGUCGUCAUCCCAACACCAUCGCCGAAGGUAUUCCGCUUGUUCAGGUGGUUGAUUACCAUGCUGUCGCUCGUCGGUCUCGCGCUAUGAUUGACGUUGCAAAAGCAACAGCAUCUCUGGAUCAGAUCUACUGGAGUCCUCUGUUGGAUGCUUUGAUAGGCUGGAGGGGCCUUGGCUCACCAGAUGCCGAAUCUAGAAGACACGCGGCUAAGUCUAUUGGAACACUGAGUACCCAGGAGGUUUACAAGACCAUGCAGUUAGUCCUGGAUCUUUUACUGCAAAAAUUCUCUUGCACUUCUCGAAGUGAUGUUGAAUCACGACAUGGUUGUCUGUUAUCGAUUGCUGCUACAAUUGAUGCGUUUACUUCUCACUGGGAGAAUUCAGUGGAGACAAGAGACAGCCAGGAAGCUAGGGAGGUAUCCUCUCGAGUGGCCAGGGCCUGGGAGAUCUUUGGUUCUUCAUCAGGUCCCACAGACGACGACUUGACAUUCCAGACAUCACGCCCGGAGUUGACAGCAGAGGCAUCAUCGUGUUUGAUCUCCUCGCUAUCACGAUCUAUUAUUACGGUCGGUCUGACACAUCCUUCCGAGACACUUCUCGAUCGCACACUCCAAAUCUUAUCCGUUUGUGCAUCUCGCAGUGAUGAUACUUCUAUCGAGACGUCCUCAACUGCCUUGUCGCAAUUAUUCCCUCUUCUGUCGACAUCGAAGCAAGAGGAAACAGUCCGAAUAUGGUUCUCCCAUCUUCAUACUUCAUGGCGGCUGCCAACCGGCCGCGGUCAAAUUUUGGCUCUUGGUGCAGUGUUCAAGCAGCUAGAAAGACAAAGUGAUCUUCAAGACAACAUUGUCACCGAGCUACUUCGGUACACCGGGAAAGAGGAACUUAUCGAAAAGCGAGUGGCUGCUGUGAAAUGCUUGUCCACCAAUAUCUUGCCAUACAUGCGUUCAACCGAUACAGUUGCGGCCAACUUCCUCGAGUUCCUGAAUGACUAUACCACAGACAGAAGGGGUGACAUUGGAUCUCUAAUCCGAGUGGAAGCAAUCCAAGCAGCAGGCAUCCUUUUACGAAGAGAAUCAGGAUCGACGCCACGUCCACCCUUAGUGCAAAAUCUAGUCGGUAAUCUUUGCCGUCUUGCAUCCGAAAAGCUGGACAAGGUCAGACUCCACGCCUGGCUUUAUCUCCAAGUAUUCUGGGAGUCAGCACAAGAUCUUCCUCCGCUUGAAAUGAAAUUCGAACACUUCAGUCACGUCUCGUCGCAGGAGUAUUUUGUACAACUACUGACCUUGCAAAGCAUUGACUGGAUUCGUCUCCCACUACUACAGGGAUUUGCUACCUCUGCUAUCUCAGGAGCAGAAGGUCUCGUCCGAGCGUCUCGCUCAGGGUUGACACAAUUCCUGAGCAAUCAAUCAGAAGCACAACGGCAGGAAAUCUUAAUGGCUUUCUUGCACGAUGUUUCUACGGUCUUGAGUGACAAUCUGCAAGAUGAACGUUUCGCCAUUCCUGCCGUUGAGUUCGUCGCUUUCUUGGUUGAUAGCUACAUCCCUGUUGUCCCCGAAGGCACGGAUCCAAGCUUCCGCAAACUCUUUAUUCUAAUCCAAAAAUCACACCUCAGAUCGGCCAACAUGGCUCGAUUGGAAGCUGCCAUUAAAGCGUAUGCUGCAUUAACAAGAAUCGACUCCCUAAGAGCUGAUGUUCUGAAGAAGAUGUCUGGGCUGCUUUUGCAUCCAUUUCCAAGGAUUCGGUCGAGUGCUGCAGAGUAUCUGUUUGUGGUGACAGACACUGAAAUUACCAAGUUCGGGGACUGGUCUGCUUCGCCUAAGGAGUUAAAGCUGCAGGUUGAUAGUCUACGGACUGUUCUUGCUCAGCAAAGCUAA